AUGAACCUCUAUAAUCUACUAUUCCCUCUUGUGUUGUUCUGGCAAUUCCACCUGGCGUCAGCUUACAAAUUUUUAAGAUCCAACACCUUGUUGACAUGUAUGGAAAAUUCGCAAUUCACAUCAACGCUUUUCGACGUUUACUAUUAUCCUCAUAAUUCAACUGCAGUCUUCACAGUCGAUGGUUCAUCAUCCCUCACAGGUAACUUGAAGGCCCAAUAUGAACUAGUGGUGUAUGGAUUGUCUGUUUAUACAGGUAGUUUAAAACUUUGUUCCUUGAAUGUCAAAACAUUAUGUCCCAUAACUUCUGGUCACAUCAAUAUAGAAGGUUCCUACAGCGUUGGAACCGAUUUGACAGAUCAGAUCCCAAGCGUUGCUUAUUCGAUUCCAGAUUUAGAUGCUUAUGUGUUGGUCAAAAUUUAUGACGCCGACGAUACCUCAAUGGAGACUCCUUUGGCAUGUAUUAAAGCCGAAGUGACAAAUGGUAAAACGGUCCAAACAAGAUAUGCCGGCUGGCCAAUUGCUUGUAUCUCUGGGUUUGGGCUAAUUGUUUCGUCCUUUGUUUCCAUCAUGGGCCAUUCUACUACGGCUGCCCAUAUUGCCUCAAAUGCCGCCUCCUUGUUUAUUUACUUUCAAAACUUGGCAAUCAUGGCGAUGAUGGGUGUUGCAAGGGUGCCGCCAAUUGCCGCAUCAUGGGCACAAAAUUUUAUGUGGUCCUUGGGUAUUAUCAAAACUAGCUUUAUGCAAGAUAUCAUUUACUGGUAUGUCCAAUCCACAGGUGGUACCGUGUCUUCUGUUUUAACAAAUAAAGACAUCAUUUCUAUCUCUGUUCAAAAGAAAUUAAAGUUUUUCAAAAGGGCAAUUACUGCUGCUUCUUCAACCGAUGAUACCUUAGACGACCCAAGUCUCUACUACACUGAUGAAUACAAUUUAACUUCGAAAACGUUGGUCUUGAGAGGUGUACAAAGAGUUUCUUAUUUGGCCAACAUUGAGAUCUCAAACUUGUUUAUGACUGGUAUCAUAUUCUUUCUCUUCAUUGGGUUUGUCUUGAUUUUUCUUAUUUCAAUUUUCAAAGGCUUUUGUGAGAUUCUAAUUCGUUCGGGAACAUUAAAAGAGCACAGAUUUGCCAACUUUAGGGCUAAUUGGUAUUUAGUUAUAAAAGGUUCAAUUUACAGGUACUUUGAUAUUACUUUUUCGACUAUUGUUUUGCUCUGUUGUUGGGAAUUCACGCAGAAUAACUCCAGUGGUUGCUUAGCCUUUGCCAUUAUUAUUUUUGGCUGUAUAAUGAUUCUUAUGGGAUUUGCUACUAUACGGAUUUUCUUGGAGGGACUAAAGUCGAUUUCCCAGUUCAAGAAUCCUGCUUACCUUCUUUUCGGUAAUGACAAGUUCUACUUCAAAUACGGAUUCUUGUACACACAAUACCUAGCAAAGAGAUAUUAUUGGGUCAUCAUAAAUUUUGCAUACCUAUUCAUCAGGGCUUUAUUGAUUGCUGUUUUGCAAAAUCAAGGUAAAGUAUGUGCUGUUAUCAUUUUCGCCAUUGAAAUCAUACAUACGGCUAUAAUUAUAGUCUUCCGUCCAUACAUGGAUAAACGUACAAAUAUCUUCAACAUAUUCAUCGCCGUUAUCAAUUUGGUGAAUUCCGUUUUCUUUUUGUUUUAUUCUAAUGUUUUCAAACAAAAACCAGUUGUUUCCUCUGUUGCUGCAGUGGUUUAUUUCGUAAUGAAUGCAGUUUUUGCUUUGAUUCUAUUGAUUUUCACAAUUGUUACAUGUACAAUUGCAUUAUUACAUAAGAAUCCAGAUGUCCGUUAUCAAACUGUUAAGGAUGAUCGUACGGCAUUUAUGACUUUUGAAACUAAAAAUCAAGAUGACGACGUUGAAUUGGCGGCUUUGGGUGCAACCGCAAUGGCAGGUCAAGACAGAUCUUCAUAUGGUAACAAUGAAAAAACAAUGCUGACCACCGAACAAUACAAAAAUAAUUUGGAUAGUAAAUCACAUCUUGAACCAUACAAUCCAAAUUUCAGCAAGGACAGUGGUCUCGGCAACUAUAGAACGGAUAGAGUCAAUCCAUUUGAAAACGACGACGAGAUCUCUUAUAAUGGAUCCUCCACUUCGGAUUCAUAUGAUAGGCAAAAUCCGUUUGGCAAUAGGAAUGCAACUCGUUCUGGAGAUGAACCAAGGCGUUACUUAUGA